UCUUGCCUGCCAGCUAUGAUCUUUCUCAUUUCCAAGAAAAUUUUUCAUGUAAAAAAAAAAUCAGUUACACAGAGAACGAUAUUAUUAUCCCAUUUAAUUUGGGAUUUAAAAGAUAUGAAAGGAAGUCUGUUGAAUAAAACCGAUGAUAUUUUGUAAUCAUAUAAUCUAAUUUAAUAAUGAAAACAAAUUAAGAGAAAAAAUUUGUUAAGUGGUCCUCAUGGUAAGGUUGAAGAAGUGUUAAGUAAAAAAGUUCUCUCUGUCGUUGGCUCUCGGCGCAUGUUAGUAUAACGUACGCCGCUGGUGGUUGCCAUGGCUAGAGGGGGGACGGGGACGUGGUCGACCUCGGAAAAUUCCCAUUGUUGCGUUUGGGAGCUCAGUUGGGGCUCGAGUUCAAAUUGAUGCUUCGGAUAAGGGGAAACAACUUAUCCCUUCUUCGAUUCCGACUUCAACGGGGGAUAAAGGUGCAUUGACCUCUUCGAGACAGAGUGGGGUAUCGAAGAGGUUGGAUACGAGUGUUACCCCUGUAAUGAUGCAACCUACUAGGCCAAGAUAUAUCUGAGCAUGUUUAACCACACAAACAAUUUGAAGCUAAUUGCUAGAGCACAUCAGCUGGUUAUGGAGGGAUUCAACCAUGAUCAAAAGGUGGUUACCAUAUUUAGUGCACCUAACUAUUGUUACCGCUGUGGAAAUAUGGCAUCCAUUUUGGAAGUUGAUGAUUGCAAUGGGCAUACAUUCAUUCAGUUUGAACCAGCUCCAAGGAGAGGGGAGCCAGAUGUAACACGAAGAACCCCAGAUUAUUUCCUAUGAUGCAGCUGCACAAACGUUGUGAUUUUUGUGCAGGUGUUCCCGCUAUCUGAUUCAUAUGCUGUGGGCUUCGUAGGAGUUUGUAGUAACUUGUGCUAUAGUGGUGCAACUCCAAUGCGUGAAGCUUGUAAAUCAGCCGGGUGAUGCUUUCUUUCUCUCAGUUCUCCAGGACCUUUAUGGAGAUGCAGUGAAGAGACUGAAACCGGGGAUUGGUGCGCUGCACAUAUAAUUUCCAGCAACGAAUAUUCAGCCCCGUCUGUUCUGUUUUCUCAUAUUUUUUGUUGCUAGUCCAGUAGUAGAAAGAACAAUCAUUUCUUUCUUCGAUAUUUUUUGUCCCCUGUAGACGGGAGUUCAUGCUCGUAAAAGCUCUGUAGAGGCAAGAUUAUAGUUUUUCUUUUUCCACCUUUUGA